CAUCAUCCCCCCUCUCUCUCUCAAUUUAUUUAUCAGGUAAAUAGAACUAAAAGAAAAAGAAACACAUAAUACACAAUAAAUCAAGCUAUCAAUUGGCCCACUGCCACCACCACCACCACCACCGCACCCACACCCCUUCAUUUCAAUUCUUCAUCAAAUCUCUCUUUCCAAGCUCAUCGGAAAAAAGAAAACAAAAAGAAACUAAGUCCUUUUUUCACUUUUUCACCUUCUUUCUUUCUUUGUAUAUCUUUUUCUUUAUUUUUUAUAUUUACCUAUCUUAUAACUGCUUUUACUCUGCUAUGAGUUCUCAUACAUAUUGCCUAUUUACCUAUUAUCAGUUUGUUCCAAGAAUUGUCCAAAUUAGGAAUCUUUAUAGCCAAAUGCUUGAUGGGUUGCUGUUAAUUUAGUCUGGUUUCGUUUUCAUUUUGUUUUAAAUAUUUGUAGUUGAUGGGUUUGGGGUAAUUAGUAAUAGGCGUUGGAUAUAAUUUAUAAAUAACUAAUAAUCAGGAAUCUACUAAUUAAUAAUAAUAAUAAUUGUAAGUGGAAGUUAGCAGAUAACAAUUAAUAUAUUUAAAUAGAAUGGGAAAUGUGAAUGGAAGAGGAGAGGAAGAUGGAGAAAAUAAUAUUAUUAACAAUAAUAAAAGUCCAUCAGGAUCAAGCCGUGGUGGUGGGAUUGGAGUUGUAGUUGAUGAAGAAGGUGGAUGUGGCACUGAUGGUGUAGUUGUACCAGAUGGGUCCCGCCUUGCUUACCUUCCUCCGCCUCCUGAGUUGAUGGGUCAGUCCCCUCCUCAUAGCCCUAGGGCCACUCACUCUCCUCUCAUGUUCACUCCCCAGGUUCCUGUGGUUCCGCUACAAAGACCUGAUGAGAUCCAAAUUCCAAGCAAUUCAUGGAUGCAAACUAAUGUUGGGUAUGAAGACAUAUGCGACGAGCAAGGAAUCCCAACUAUGAUCACAUGGAGCUAUGGCGGUAAGGAAGUAGCUGUUGAGGGAUCAUGGGAUAACUGGAAAAUGAGGAUUCCUUUGCAGAGAUCUGGCAAAGACUAUACUAUUAUGAAAGUACUGCCUUCUGGGGUUUACCAAUACAGGUUUAUCAUUGAUGGGCAGUGGAGGUACAUCCCUGACUUGCCUUGGGCCCAAGAUGAUACUGGCAAUGCUUACAACAUUUUGGAUUUGCAGGAGUAUGUUCCAGAGGACCUUGAGAGUAUAUCUAGUUUCGAACCACCUCAGUCUCCAGAAUCGAGCUACAGCAAUUUGCAACUGGGAAACGACGAGUUUGCAAAGGAGCCUCCAUUUGUUCCUCCACACUUACAGAUGACACUGCUCAAUAUGCCAUCAUCCUACAUGGAGAUGCCAACUCCUUUAUCGAGACCUCAACAUGUGGUGCUUAAUCAUCUGUACAUCCAAAAAGGGAAGGGUGGUCCUGCUGUGGUGGCACUUGGUUCAACACAUCGCUUUCUGUCCAAGUAUGUGACGGUGGUGCUCUACAAGUCUUUGCAGAGGUGAUAACAUAUGGCUUUAAUAUGGGAUUCUAGUCUAUAUUCCCUGAAUGUAGUAGUGAAUACAAUUUUUAAGAGAAGCUACGCCAAUAGCAAUCGAGUAAGCAUAGGAAAGUCGUUCGUUCUAUGGUUAUUUCAAAAUACAAUGUAUUUCCACAUGACGUAAAUGCUUGAUAGCCAUGUUUACUUGUUUUGGUUGUCAAUGUGUAGAAAUUAUUACAAGACUGAAUGUUUAGAGUUCUCUGCAAUGGAGGAAAGAGGUCUUAUUCUCUUUA